AUGGCCCAAAAAAACCCUGCGCGGGCUUCCCACAAUACGUGGCUUUUUUCGGAAGAUGCGUUUCUUCGUCGGUGCCCUUCACGAAAGCAGAUGACCGUUCCACAAGACUUGAAAGCUCGGGAACUGAUUUACGCUUUUUUGUUGAAAAUGGGCUCCGAACUCAAGCUUGACGGGCGCACGAUUCUUGCUGCCACCAUCUACAUCAACCGCUUCUACAUGCGGAUGCCGAUCACGACAUCGAAAUACUUUGUGGCGUGCGCCGCAGUGGCCAUCAGUUGCAAGCUACAUGACACGUAUCGGCCGCCAGAUAAGAUUGCAUUGACCGCAUGCAUUCUCAAGAACCCGGGCAAGAAAAUAGACCAGCACAGCAGUGUUUUCUGGCAGUGGCGCGACCAGCUUCUUUAUCGCGAGGAGCUCAUCUUGAAGCUGUUGAAUUUCGAACUAGAUGUGGAGCUCCCGUACGAUUUCAUCGACGACCUCCUACAGGACAAGGACGAGUUGCUGAAGGAGGGCUUCUAUGUGAAGCUCCCUGAAAUCCUCAAGUACACCGUGUCGAAAGUGGAGCUCGUCAGCGCGUUGCCGCUUUUAGUAUGCUAUGAUACGAGGACUUUGUUUGGCACCAUGCUCGUGUUGGCAGUCAACGAAGCGCAGGGCCGCUUUGAAGACAUUGGCCCGCUCAAAGUGCCCUCCGAGUACUUGCAAAAUCGGUUGCACACGUCCGCGGCCGAGUGCUAUAAGUGCUUCCAGUACAUUCUCAAACUCAAGGCCAUAUGCGAGGACCCCAAGUUGCCCAGCCAUAGCAACGUUAUAAAUAGAAUCCCGUUUAUGGACGAGGCCCUGUUUUUCAGCACUGCCGGCUCCAGAGACGGCCCGAAAAACCCCGCUCCCCCGUGA